GGCCCCAUUGGUGCUGUUCUUGGACCGAUUUAGCCGCCGGUGAAAAGCCGGGUAGGUUAUCACCGCCGCCGGGAAGAACAAAAGUAGACGACGAAACGAUUGGAUAAUGAAGCUUACACGUAAAACUUCCAUUUUCAUGGCUCGUGUUUAAUCUCCAAAGUUUUCUGGGUAAUCAAAGAAAAAUCAAGGCUGCAAUUCUCGUUUCAGACUUGUAGUUAAGCCCUCGUUUCCCCUGCGUCCACGCCAGCAAAACUCCAACCCUCUACUCUCUUCCGCCUUUUUUCGAAGAGAUAUCACGUAUAAAGGAGAUAAUACAUAUACGGAGAAGAAGAGAACUCGAGGAAACCCACUCUACUCGAAGCUCAACAAUGGCGUCGGCCAACCCUCUUCUCUCUUCCACCUUCUUCGGCAGAACCCAGAUCCUAAUUUUUCCCCCAACUCCCAAAACGGCCAAAUCGCCACUCCAUUUCCCCCCAAAAUCUCGACCUUCCCGCGCCAUCUUCACCAAUUCCGAUUCCUUCAAAUCCCUCUCUUCCCGGGCUACACUCGCUGCUCUCCUCUUCUCAUCCUCACUAACCCCUCAAGCUUUCGCUGUGGACUCUCCUCCGCCUCCGACGAAUCCGGUACUCGAAGCUCAACCAAGCAAACAACCCUCUUCUCCGAAUUCCCCCUUUUCCCAAAACCUGAUUCUUACUGCUCCGAAGCCGCAAUCUCAAUCCGUCGCCUCCGACCUUCCCGAGGGAAGCCAAUGGCGGUACAGCGAGUUUCUGAACGCGGUGAAGAAGGGGAAAGUGGAGCGGGUUCGGUUCAGCAAAGACGGGUCUGCCCUCCAACUGACCGCCGUCGAUGGCCGCCGCGCUGCCGUCAUCGUCCCAGCCGAUCCUGACCUAAUCGACAUUCUAGCGAUGAACGGCGUCGAUAUCUCGGUAUCCGAGGGCGAUUCAGGAAACGGACUGUUCAGUAUCAUCGGCAAUCUCAUCUUCCCAUUCCUCGCCUUCGCUGGAUUGUUCUUCCUCUUCCGCCGAGCGCAAGGCGGGCCGGGUGGACCCGGCGGGUUGGGCGGGCCGAUGGACUUUGGGCGGUCGAAGUCCAAGUUCCAGGAAGUUCCCGAAACCGGAGUCACGUUCGCGGACGUGGCCGGCGCCGAUCAAGCCAAAUUGGAGCUCCAAGAGGUCGUGGAUUUUCUUAAGAACCCUGAUAAGUACACUGCUCUUGGAGCUAAGAUCCCCAAAGGGUGUCUCUUAGUCGGGCCUCCUGGUACAGGGAAAACACUACUGGCCAGAGCAGUAGCCGGAGAAGCAGGAACUCCGUUCUUCUCCUGCGCUGCUUCCGAGUUCGUUGAGCUGUUCGUGGGAGUUGGAGCUUCCAGAGUGAGGGAUUUGUUCGAGAAGGCGAAGGCGAAAGCCCCUUGCAUUGUGUUUAUUGAUGAGAUUGACGCUGUGGGAAGGCAGAGGGGAGCAGGAAUGGGUGGUGGAAAUGAUGAAAGAGAGCAAACUAUUAAUCAGUUGCUUACUGAAAUGGAUGGGUUUUCAGGGAAUUCGGGUGUGAUAGUUUUGGCUGCUACGAAUAGGCCGGAUGUUCUUGAUUCAGCAUUGUUGAGGCCAGGAAGGUUUGAUCGACAGGUGACUGUUGAUAGGCCUGAUGUUGCUGGCAGAGUGAAGAUUCUUCAGGUGCAUUCGAGAGGGAAGGCACUUGCUAAAGAUGUGGACUUUGAGAAGAUGGCGCGGCGAACACCUGGUUUCACUGGUGCCGAUCUGCAGAAUCUUAUGAACGAGGCAGCCAUUCUUGCAGCCAGGCGUGAUCUUAAGGAAAUAAGCAAAGACGAGAUAUCCGAUGCUUUGGAGAGGAUUAUAGCUGGACCAGAGAAGAAAAAUGCUGUGGUCUCGGAAGAGAAGAAGAAGUUAGUCGCAUAUCAUGAGGCUGGACAUGCCUUGGUUGGUGCUCUAAUGCCCGAGUAUGAUCCAGUGGCCAAGAUCUCGAUCAUCCCACGAGGACAAGCUGGUGGGCUUACAUUCUUCGCUCCAAGUGAGGAGCGUCUGGAAUCUGGACUAUACAGCAGAAGCUAUUUGGAGAAUCAGAUGGCCGUGGCACUCGGAGGAAGGGUUGCUGAAGAGGUGAUUUUUGGGAAAGAGAAUGUGACUACGGGAGCAUCAAAUGACUUCAUGCAAGUAUCGAGGGUGGCAAGGCAGAUGGUUGAGAGAUUCGGGUUCAGUAAGAAAAUCGGGCAAGUGGCCAUUGGUGGAGCCGGUGGAAAUCCAUUCUUAGGGCAACAGAUGGCGUCACAGAAAGACUACUCGAUGGCCACUGCCGACGUGGUGGACGCAGAGGUUAGAGAGCUGGUGGAGACGGCCUACGCGAGGGCGAAGGAGAUCAUGACGACACACAUCGACAUCCUACACAAGCUGGCUCAGCUGCUCAUCGAAAAAGAAACUGUGGAUGGGGAAGAAUUCAUGAGCCUGUUCAUCGACGGAAAAGCUGAGCUCUAUGUUUCUUGAUUGAUUAAGCUAGACGCCACAGUAUUUUGUAAGUUUUGGAAAAUGAAUUGUAUUGUUAACACACGUGUACAUGUAAAACGAAAAGUUCUGGCCUUUCCCCUGUUUAUGGAGAGGAUGUAGUAGGCAUUAGGCAGUGGAUCUAUGUAUAAAAUGUUACUUGAAGAAGUGGGUAGCUGAUCCCUUGAAGGUGAACUGGUGAAGUUUCUUCCAUUGACCAAUAAAAGUGACCCUGGUGACAUUUGAAUCCGUACCAGUUUUAUAAGUAAAUUUUGACGAAAGAUGUUUAACGGGACAAGAAAUUUUUUAAUAGACU